CGGCAGCAGCCCCACCCGCUAAUAUAAACCGCUCACUGACCGUAGUCACACAGACAGUCACAGAAAGUCUGCCAGACGAGCAAGCAACCGGCAGCUCAAACCAAGUCGGAGUUUGAGUUGAGUUUUACGAAAGUGACGGAACUGUGUGUGAAUUAGUCCGCAAACAAGAUGAGGUGUUCGAGAGUGAUGAUAACGGCGAUGGCGACACUCUGCGUCGCGGUGGUCCAUUCGCUUCCGGUUCAGCAGCCGGAAAGCCUGGUGCCAGCAGGACAGGAUCUCGACAGAUUGAUGGUUGUCGAAGCUGACAACGAAGCUGCGCUGAGGAGUAAAAGGACAAUCGGAUUGCUGAGACAGCUGUUUCCCGGUUUGUCACAGAUAGUCGAACAAAAGGUGAACAUGAUUACCGGCGAACUGAUUCGUGUCGUUGGUCCCAUUUUGCUCCGCAAUGCAUUGCGAAACACGAAUGGCAACGGAAUGGGACAAGAGAGCUCAAAUGCUGGAACCACCGUAGAAGUGGCAUCUCCUUUUGGCGAAGAUGACGAGGAAAGCGACGUAUCCGACAGUGCCAAUGAAGUAGUUUCGGAUAGCCGUGACGGCUCCCGAGUCUCCUUAACUCUGCCCACAUUUCCUCCUGAUCAGGAAGCCGACGAUAAUACGGAGUCCUCCGACUCACCGUUAACCGAUACCCAAACGGCGCAAACGCAGUUGCCAGACGUGAACCCGGAAGCCGAAAAUCAAAUAGUCGCUGAAUCACAGAACAACGAAGUGCGAGUACAGUUUGCCGACGAUCAAGCUGGAGCUGCCGCUAACGAGGCUGUGGCGCCAGAACUUGCGCCAUUGGAUGACGUGGAGGUGGCAGACGAAAACCGAAACAAAAGGUUCCUCAACUUUGAUACCGGAAACGGUGGUAGCGGAGGCGGCUCUGGCAACUUCCUCUUUGACAUCAUCCGGCAAACUGCGGAUUCGGCGGCUCGCGCGGCUGGUACCGUGUACCGUGUCGUUGCAGGUACCCAAAGCCUUGGGCUUGGUCUUAGCGCGUCACGAGACAUCGCCCCGAUACCCGCUGCCCCGGCACCCAUGGGUAUGGGCAUGGGCAUGGGUAUGGGUAUGGGGAUGCCUGCCCCGCCAAGUCCUUCAGCCCCAGGACCCGCUUCUUCGGCAGCGCCAGCCGGCAAUCCAACCGCCGGUCCCGGGCUGGUGGCUGGUAGCGGAAGCACGGAACAGGGCGAUGCCGCAGCCAAUGCCCCGGUCGAUCCGUCCAGAGCCGCUGCCGGGGCCCAAGAAGCAGUGCCGGGGCCCAUUACCAGACUCUUCGUCAUCGCCAACCGAGGCAUCUCCAACCUCGUCCAAGACCUCAUUCUUCGUUUGGCAGCGACCAGCGAACGAAUUGUUAACUUCAAGGCGCGACUCAUCACUUCCAUCAUCUAGAACGCAUCGCGGAGCAGCGCGACGUUAGCUGGACCAAAAAUGGUGACCACCUGAUUUCGGCUGCCGAGUUCACUACUUUGAGCCGUGGGACCGAUCUGGCAACGAAGCUGUUUUAAUAAUUAAGAAUUUUAAGAGAGAUUUAUACUGAAACACUGCACAGCGAAUAGUUGCCUCUUGUCCCCGCGGAUCAGUUCGACUAUAAACAAAUACCCUUCGACCCUCAAUUGGCCCUUCCAAGACUUCUAAAUUAAAUGAAAGGAAGAUUACUAUUAUUAUAUAUAUAUAUAUAUAUUUUUUUUUAAUGUUUUUCUUUUCAUCUAUUAUACCUUGAUCAAUUUUUUUAUAUUUUAUUUUAUUUUGUGUUUUGCGCAAAACGACCGGACAAUCACGAAAUGUACGUGAAAGAUAGGAGAAACUGUUGUUACGUCCGUAAGAAAAAGAAAAAAAAAAAAAAAAGAAGAAGACGAAGAAAGACAGAAACGACUUGUACAUAGUCCCAUCGACGCAUUGCCACACA